AUGAAUCAACGAAGGAGUGAGUCAAGGCCCGGGAACCACAGACUCCAAGCCUACGCAGAGCCCGGGAAGGGGGAUUCCGGAGAGGCGGGGCCUCUUUCCGGAAGCGCCCGCCGGGGGCGGGGAGGGGGCGGGGCCAUCCGGGUGAGGCGUUCCUGUUGGUCCGGAGGGGCGGGGCGAGGAGGAGGACCCGCUUGGGCGGUUCGGCUGCCCACAGUAACCGCUGGGUGGACCUGGCCGGCGCUCCGAACCUUGUCCUGGCUGCGCUCCGGCCCCUCGGAGCCCCACAGCCCGGGAAGGAGGCCGCCGCGGGCCGGGCGCCCGCUCUGCCAAGCGGACCCGCAACCCGGAAAGGCGACGCGGCGGAGCCGGGAGCCAGAUCCUGCUCAGACCGGGCCCCCGCGGGCCAGAGCCGCGGGCAUGUCGGAGGCGCGGAAGGGGCCGGACGAGGCGGACGAGAGCCAGUACGACUCUGGCAUUGAGUCUCUGCGCUCUCUGCGCUCCCUACCCGAGUCCGCCUCCGCUCCAGCCUCCGGGCCUUCGGACGGCAGCCCCCAGCCCUGCACCCAUCCUCCGGGGCCCGCCAAGGAACCACAGGAGAAGGAAGACGCGGAUGGGGAGCGGGCUGAUUCCACCUAUGGCUCCUCCUCGCUCACCGAGACCCUGUCCUUGCUGGGGGGCCCCGAGGCUGAGGACCCGGCCCCACGCCUGCCACUCCCCCACGUGGGGGCGCUGAGCCCUCAGCAGCUGGAAGCACUCACUUACAUCUCCGAGGACGGAGACACGCUGGUCCACCUGGCAGUGAUUCACGAGGCCCCAGCGGUGCUGCUCUGUUGCCUGGCUUUGCUGCCCCAGGAGGUCCUGGACAUUCAAAAUAACCUUUACCAGACAGCACUCCAUCUGGCUGUACAUCUGGACCAACCGGGUGCAGUUCGGGCACUGGUGCUGAAAGGGGCCAGCCGGGCACUACAGGACCGGCAUGGUGACACAGCCCUUCAUGUGGCCUGCCAGCGCCAGCACCUGGCCUGUGCCCGCUGCCUGCUGGAGGGGCGGCCAGAGCCAGGCAGAGGAACAUCUCACUCUCUGGACCUCCAGCUGCAAAACUGGCAAGGUCUGGCUUGUCUCCACAUUGCCACCCUUCAGAAGAACCAACCACUCAUGGAACUGCUGCUUCAGAAUGGAGCUGACAUUGAUGUGCAGGAGGGCACCAGUGGGAAGACAGCGCUGCACCUGGCUGUGGAAACCCAAGAGCGGGGCCUGGUACAGUUCCUGCUCCAGGCUGGUGCCCAGGUAGAUGCCCGCAUGCUGAACGGGUGCACACCCCUGCACCUGGCAGCCGGCCGGGGUCUCAUGGGCAUCUCAUCCACUCUGUGCAAGGCGGGUGCUGACUCCCUGCUGCGGAAUGUGGAGGAUGAGACGCCCCAGGACCUGACUGAGGAAUCCCUUGUCCUUUUGCCCUUUGAUGACCUGAAGAUCUCAGGGAAACUGCUGCUGUGUACCGACUGAAGCCAGGCAGGGUCUGGGAUCCUCAGGGCUCCACCUCUUUCCAUCUGGAAGCCGGAGUCCUAACUGCUGCAGUUUGGGCCCAGGCUGUGUGCUCUUCUGGUGCCCUAGGGACUGCUGUGGCCAGAGCCUGGGGCCAGCCAGUACAGUCCUGAGCUGAGGAGGAGGGACUGCAAGUGGAAGAGAGCCAGUCUGGAAGGAAGAGCUUUCCAGGUGGACAGGGAUUCUUGGAAGACCCCCAAAGCCCCAGGUAUCCUGGGUGAAGCCUGUUUGCCUCUCUUGAAAAUGGCAGGUGCUCUUGUUUCUACCCAUGUUGGAUCAGCCUGAAACUGCCAACCAGUAGGAAACACGGACUCUCCUGAGUGAGAAGAGACUGAAAUAGGAGCAAGCAGAACCCUGAGAGGCGUCCCAUCUUAUUGCUGUUGAGGACCCUGAAACACUGUUGUUUAAAGACUUCACAGAGAAGGCUCUGAACUGAGCCACUGGGGAAGGGAAGUUUCAGUAACAUGACACUAAAAUGGCAGAGACGUUAAAAAAAGUUUUUCCCUUCUAGAGCUGUUUUGCGCGCAUGCAUGUCUGUGUGCAUUGGGGCUUUUUAGACAGGCCUGCCCUGUGACUUUGUGGUGGAGGCAGAGAGAAGGAAAUUGUCCCCUGAGCACGGUAGAGCCUUGCUGGGUGGGGUCAGAGGCCAGUAGUUACAGGCCUUUCUCUGUGUCCAGCACAGACCCUUGUCCUUGCUGUGGAAAUGAUGAGGGAUGGAGGGACAGGAGGAAGAAUGAGAGGACACACGCCCUGGAGCCCUCACCACUGCCCUAGGGGUUGCCAUCUGGAGGAUGGAGGAGGAGCCUGGGGACAGGGAUAAACCCAGGGAGGCUGGGCACAAGGGAGCUGACUCCACGUUUUUCCCAUUCCUCACCUCCGAGGGCCCUGCUAGGUCACCCCUAUGCUGGCAUGAAGAGCAUGGGGCAAUAAACCAGCACAGUCGCUGACCACUUGGAGCGUCUCAUCCAGUGAGAGAGACAGCCGUUAAAAGCAUUAACAUCCAAAUAAAGAUGUCCUU